CUUUCUCUCCUCUUCGUCUCCUACCUUCCCUCACUCUUCAACUUGUCAGUUAAUUUUUUAGUGUCUGCAUUUGACUGAUCCAAUCCUGCUAAGAGGUUGAAGUUCACACUGAUACAAACUCUGUGGGCAUCAGACUUGAUGCUUACAGUUGACAUUUUGUAGUGUUUUUUUCUCCCCUUUCCACAGAGAUGUAGGUUGUGAAAGAGGGAGCAAAUAAGUGUGUGUGCUUAUAGUUGAACAGUAUUUUGUAAAUAUUUCCUGAAAGCUUGUGAAAUUUCUCACAUGUUCUUGAUUUCCCUUCAAGUCUGCAGAGUAGGCAUAAGAAAUAUCAUCCAGUCUAGCUCUGAGUUCAGAAGCGAGUAAAUAGCCAUCAGUUUUACAAGCUUUGUGUAGAUGCCAAAGCCUGAUGGCCAAGGGUGAUAUGCUGAGACUUUUGAAGACAGACCAAUACAUAAGCCGCGUUUUUAACCAUAUGCUUUCUUACAGUUUUUAGGUCUGGUCACAGCUUUUUCCUUGAAAAUUACUUCCCCUGAGAUAAGAUUUCCCAUGAAAUGGCUCUGGCAUAUUUAUACAUGCUCUGAAGUUUCUGGUUAACCAACUCAUUAGUCCUUUGGUGAUUUUGAGAAUAUAAGUCUGUCAGUCUGUGUGUGUUUAUGUUCACAGAUGUGCCAAUGAUUUAUAAAUGGGAUUAAUUGUAAAUUUAACUCAUUUAGGAAAUGGUUGAGGACCCAGGUACUUCUGUAUUUUAGCCUUGCUUAGUCGCACUGGAAGAGCUCUUUGACCCUGCCAGAGAUUAGUUUUAGUACCAGUUAUGAGAUAAGCUUAACUACUUCUUAAAUAUAAGCAUGUUAAAGCUCUCUGCAAGGGAUUUGUUGUGGGGAGGGAAUACAGCAGGUCUUAAAUUUUUAUGUUUAUCUUGCUGUUCCUAAGUUAAUUGAGUGAUAUAAUUUAGACCUUUUUAUCCUGUUCUUUCAACUUUUGGAAAACUCAAAGAUUAUUAAAUCUUUGAAGUUUAAGUGUGCUUAUUUUUAACCAUUAAAAAAAUCACUAUACCAGUCAGAUUCAUACUCAGUAUACGGUGGUAUGGGAAGCAACCGUAAUCCUGGAUCACAAGUGAUAAGGCCACUGCUUGGAAAUAGCACCGUUCUGAGAGCAGCAAAGCUGUUUCCAUUUUCAAAGCCCAUUUUCCCAGUCCCCUGAUCAGAGUAAACCUGCAUUUGACUAUGUGAAUGUCCUCAUUUAUUUUAUAGUACUAAAUAGUAAUUUUGCAUUAUCAAUGCUCACAAUUGCAAUUGUGAGCAGUAGCAACCUUUUCUCCUUUCUCUUUUGGAUCUUGCUGUUUGACUCACAGAGAAGUCAGCUGAUUUCAUUAACAUACUCCAUUCGGUAAUUUAUUUUUUGCAGAAUGACAAGGGACUCACCAUUCAUAGCAUGAUGAAUGCUGAGAAGACUUAGCUUGAAGAGCAAAAAGGAUAGAUUGAUUCAUAUAUAGAAGUCUUAGAUCAUCCUGUGGGGUCGAACUGAGAAAUGCCUGAAGGAGACCACAGAGGAAAUCAGGAUGAUGGGGACGGAAUGCCAUUAUUUCAUUUGUGAUGUAGGAAAUCGAGAGGAGGUCUAUCAGCAAGCCAAAGCUGUGAGGGAAAAGGUGGGUGAUAUCACUAUCCUGGUGAACAACGCUGCUGUGGUCCAUGGUAAGAGUCUGAUGGACAGCGAUGAUGAUGCACUGCUCAAAUCACAACAUAUAAACACCCUGGGACAGUUCUGGACCACCAAAGCAUUCCUGCCAAGGAUGCUGGAGUUGCAGAAUGGACACAUUGUUUGCCUGAACUCUGUCCUGGCCUUGUCAGCCAUCCCUGGUGCCAUUGACUAUUGCACCUCCAAAGCCUCGUCCUUUGCCUUUAUGGAGAGCCUGACCUUGGGGCUGCUAGACUGUCCUGGAGUGAAUGCCACAACAGUCCUGCCCUUCCACACGAGCACAGAGAUGUUUCAGGGCAUGAGAAUCAGGUUCCCUAAUCUUUUUCCUCCUCUCAAGCCAGAGACAGUGGCUAGGAGGACCGUAGAAGCUGUUCAGAUGAAUCAAGCCUUCCUGCUCCUUCCAUGGACGAUGCAUGUUCUUGUCAUCCUAAAAAGCAUUCUCCCUCAGGCAGCACUUGAAGAAAUCCACAAGUUUUCUGGAAGCUACACUUGCAUGAACACUUUUAAAGGACGAACAUAGACUUGAUGAUGGUGCAAGGACUAUUCUUCAGUGAAACCAACACAAGCAUGAAAAUCCUGACAAGACUGUGAAUCAGCAGGCUUGGCUUUUAGCCUGUUCACGUGACUUGCACUGCUCUGAGGCAACACAUUUCUUGCAGGUCAUAACCAUAGUAACAUGACCUUUGCACAGGAUUGAAUGACUAGAGUAUGGACUCUUGGAAAGAAAAACAAAAAGUGUGAAAUGUUUAUAUGAUGUUUAAUUCUUUAGAGUUCAAUUGUUAAAUCUACUCAUAGUUUUAAGAUGUAAUUUUUGUUUCUAAAGUGUCUGUAGGCUGUUUCAGCUGAGAGGCAGCACAUCACACCCCAUACAUGCUUUAUCCCCUCUCUUCAGAGGAAUGCAAUUACAAACUGCUACUGGUUUCAUUUCAUCUUUUUGAAUGGGGAACUCAAAAAAUACUUUGAAGAACUAAGAGUUAUGGACAUUUAAUGGAAGCUUCCUUCCCUUUCUUCACUUUACAUCCCUUGAUGAAGCUGUUCCCAACUCACAUCAGGGAAGGAGCAACUGUGGAGCAGUGUUUUCUUUGUUAAAGGCCACCCAGGACUUCUGUCUGGAAGGACUGUGCUAGGCCCAAGAAAGCUCUCUUACUUCACCUGUGAAGUCUGGAGAGGAAUGCUCAGUCAGAAGAGCAGACAGUUUGAAUAGUGGAAGUGAACUCAUAUAUGAAAUUUAAUUGUCUUUCUGAGUAUUUUUGUUCAUUUAUGAUAAAAUAUAUCUAUAUAUUUUUAGCAUUAAUCCCAGAUUGCCACGCAUGUAGGCAGCAUCACACUGGGGAUGAACUAAAUCUAGAACUAAAACUAGAGCCUGCUUGUACAAACAUACAUUCACUGACAUAAUCCAUGCAGAGAAAAUCCACUGUAUCAAUCUGCACAGUGAAGUAAGUGGAAUAAUGCUCUAAAAAUAGAAGACACAGUACUGUAGUGCUCAUGAAAUUUGAAGUUUGGAAGCACAGUUAGCAAAGACCUGAUUAAAUGCACGUUGAAUUCAACUGGGGAUACACCCAUUGUUUUUUAGGGGCAUUGAAUCAGGCACUCAUCAGCCAAAAGUGAUAAAUACUGCUUGGACUGAAAUGCCAGAAGCAGCUAGACAUUAUUUAUUUUUGUAAUGAUAUACUCUCUUUGACAGCCUAGUAUGAGCAACACUGCAUUCCUAUGCCAGAUGCAGUGUGCAGCACUAGGCAUAGUAAUGUAGUUGAAACAUAUUGGAACACUACUAAAAGAGGAAUUAAUAUAAUUGCAAUACAGGAAAGUAGCAAGCCUAACUGGAGAACACCUGAAUGAAGCGCCUCAAGGAAGGCCAUGUGGUUAAAGUAAAGGAGUGAAUUUAGGGCUUCUGACUUGAAUUUCGAGCUUUUCCAUAGAUGUCCUGUGUGACCUGGGGCAAACUGCAUAAUUUCAAGGUGCACCCUGACCUGCAAAGCAGAUAUUUCUAGUGUUUCCCUACCUCAAAAGUUGUAAGUCUGACUACCUAAAUGUUUGUCAAAAGCUCAGUAAAUUCAGGUGGAACAUGCUAUAGAAAUGAAAAGCAGUAUUUGUUCAUAAACCAAGAGGUUCUAUACAAAAAUUUAGAAGAGGAAAAAAAACAUAUGCCAAAAUACAUCAUUUCCUAAAAGAGAUCUGAGUUACAGCAGAAAAGCUGUGAGCUGUAUUUGAAAUACCCCUUUGGUUCUGCCAUGUAGAAUGGAGACCAACUACUUAGGUGCAAUGAUGUGAAUGUUAAAAUCUGAAGGUCUGAACCAUACUGCAAAUCAGUAGAUACAUCUCUUGAGCAGUUCAAGAGGAAGAUAUUGCCAAAAGUGCCAUUGAUGCAAGCCCCUCUGCCUGCAUGGGUAUUUUGAGGAACUCUCCUAUCUGGGUCAGUGCUUUCCUUCUGAGUGCAGAACAUAUAAGCUGCAGCACUGUGCCAGCUUUGAAAAGGUUUCUUACAAUGGAGUUUUGUUUUGAAUUCCUAGAUGUCUGAGGCUCUCUGGAGAGGAUGAAAAGAAACUUUGAUCUCUGUGAUUUUGAUGCCCACCCUAAUAGAUGCUUUCAGCUUUAUUUUUUGUCAAUUUUUUGAGAUGAAACCCAGUUCAUUGAAAACACAAGUGCAAUUCGGGGAGAACCCUUCCAGGAUCUGCCAGGAAUACUGAAGGUACCAUAUUUAUCAAGAGACGCUUGGGAGGGGAAGGGAUGAUUAUACAUACAUCCCCUUAUGCACUCUAAUCCUGUCUAGUUUCUCAUUAAUCGCAGUCACGCAUGCCAGGCUUGUAAAUGCAAGGGCAAACAGAAUUGGUGAAGGAGAGCACCCCGCAGUGUCCCCCUUAAUUUAAACCUUUAUGUUGAGACUCUAUUAAUUGAUAACAUGCUAAUGCAAAAGGGAGGUAAAAACUAGUACACACAUUGAAACUAAGUCCCCACUCAUCCCCCAAUCCUGUCCCUUAGAUGAAUCUGCUCUUUUCCUGCACUGCAUAAAAGGUGUUCCCUGUCUUCAGAGGUUGUCUUACGUACUAAGUGCUGUUGAUUUCUUUCUAAUGAAUAUAAAAAAGUCAGAACAUAGCUGAGACUCUGAUCAUCUCACUCCUCUGGUACACACACACACACAAACUUCCCUCUCUCUUUCCCUCAGGGUCUCUGAGCGGACAGCAGGUCAAAUAGCAGUCACAGUGGGGGAGAGGUAUGCAGCAAACAGAAAAUAAUGAGGAAAACAUUGACUUUGCUUUUCAGAUAGUAAGAAGAGUUGGGUAAGAGAGUUUCUUCUCUUGUGAGUGUUGCAAGAUUAGAGCAUUCUCCAUCCAGUGAGCUACUUGCAAAUUUGGAUGGAUACAUUUGAAGACUUUUUUUUUUUAUAGAAGGGCUCCUCUGGAAUGCCUGCUGAGGUCUACUGUCCCUUUUCACAUAAGGUUAGUAUUGGGUAAUCUUAAAGUGCUGCAAAUGUCGACAAGCUUUGUUGAAGCCUAAGGCCUUCUCAAAGGAAUUUCCGCCCUUUGACUUAUUUUAAUUUUGGUUUUCCCUGCUCUCUCCACUGCCUCCUGCUUUCCACUGCCCAAUUAUUUUUUUUCCUUCUGUUUUCCAAUGUCAUUACUGCACUUUUCAGUGCCACCAUCUUGAAGCCAGAUGUCAUACAAAGGGUCUGGAGUAAAUCGAAAUCGGGGUAUAUAUUUAUUAUCCUGCUGGAGGAAUCUAGGUGAAGCUGUAGGAGCAGGUCACAGAAGUUUCAUAUGAAAUUAGUUUUACUUGCUCCAAUCUAUGAAGAAGUAGAAGAUCCCUUACUAUUGUUUUGAUACAGGAGAUUGCUGCUGGUUUAAAACCUGAAUGAUACAGAAGUGUUAGCCGUUUUGGGACAUAGGUUCUCCUGACAGAAAAAGACCCUAUUUAAAUGGGAGGAUUUUUAAGUACCGGGUGUUUUCAGAGGCCGGUGUUCACACAAAGUAAUUUUCAGAAUUAGUGAGGCAGGGCAGGGAGAGGAGGAGUCCUUUGUAAGUAAAUCUGAUUCCUCAUGUUCAGUAUUUGAUUUUGUAGUUUGUUUUUGAUGAGGAAAAAAAAAAUCAUGUUCCCUCAUGCAACCUUAGUGAACUUUAAGAAGGUCCUUCCAGCCAUAUCCCUGCUGAUGGCAUGCUUUCAGCAGGAUGAAGAAAAGGAGUGAGCCCUGAAAGUGGGAACUAUACCCUGCCUACUCAUCCAUUGUUCUGUUGUUAAAAAGUGAUGGAGUCCAUCCCUAUAGUUCUUCUAGAACUUCAUAGAAAGUGCCUGGGCAAAUGAUUCUGAUGCUUCCAAAGAGAAACUUGUACUUUUAUGUAAUGUGUUAAUUAGUGUGGGUGGAUAUGAUCAGAUCUAGUCUUGCAAGCCUUCCAGACAACUCCCUGAACACUCCCACCUUCAGAUAUUAACAGAUAACACUGCACUUGCCAAAUCUCAUAAAAACCUGGUAACAGACUUAAUGCAGGCAGAGCAUAAGUGCAUGCAUUUAUUUCAAAGAGAACACAUCUGUCUGUUUGUUACAAACAUUAAUUUGGCCUAGUGUUGUCCUCUAGCUGAAAUGCAACUGUUGAGAAAAGAAUACAGGGUGACCUUGGAUCAUCUAUUUUGGGUUUAUUUCUUCAUGUGGCUUUAAUAAACUUAAUCUAGCUGACAGCCACUUUUUUGACAACACUUGUUCACAAGUUUGGGGGUAAAGCAAGAUUAUGUCAAAUGUAAUCUUUUGCAUUUUUCACCGAACAACCAACACCCCUGAGAAUCAGACCGUUCUGCACUGUCUUUGUAGCUCUCACCUCCCCGGUGCUAAGAUCCUUCAACCUGGUACUGCUUCUCAGCCUGCUGGAGUUUGGAGACUGAGCGAAACCGGUCAGUCACAAGCAGCAGUUUUACAUUUUCUAGUGAACAGAAUCCUCUUUAUUAGAGUGCUGUUCUGAAGGAGAUUUUGAGAUGUGAGUAGUGGCAGGCACCUCUCACAGAUUUCAGCAACUAACUUAGAGAAAGACAUGAAGAAAAGCAGAACUUCACCUUCUCCCUGCUACUCACUCUCUUUUAUCCAGUGUUUCCUUUGGGAAGCUGGCAAUUCAGUCACUUUUCUGACUGAUAAACUGCCCCUCUUCCCACCCUCCAUUCUACUAAGAUCACCUCACUACCUUUCUUCGAUACCUUCAGGGAGUUGACAGCUUCAGCAGAAACAACUGUUUCUGUAUUCUAGAGGAGAGUCAGAUCAGCAAGGUAUGUGUUAAGAGAGAAGACCAGACUUGGUUUUGAUGGGGCUGAGGUACCCCAGCCUGGAGACUACAGAUGGAAGACACAGGACACAACUUGAAUGUUGCCAGUACCAUAGAAGGUAGUGAGUUCCCCCUGCUCCUGUCAUCUUUUCUUGAAACAUAACACCCUCUUGAGUUUCUGUAACAUCCCUCAAGCUGGCGCUUCAGCAGAAACACAUACUGAUCCAGCCUGUGUGGACUGGAUACAACUGAAAAGCAUAGACCUCUGAGGAGACAAUUUAUAUCUUCACACCUUCCCAGAGUCCAAAAUUACUAGUUCCUUAAGCUCACCUUUGCUAUGAGCAUCGUGACAUAUUAACACAGAACAAAAAUCAAGGCAAAUGUAUAUGCUGAUUUUUCUGCAUAGAUCUAGAAAAGAACAAUUCCUCCUUAAAUGAGGGAAGAAAGCACUCUAAUUUGAGCUUGAGAGUGACCGAAGAAUAAGUAUAUGAGAAAAGAAAAUAGAGGAUAGAUGCAAUGUUAGGGGGAGUGUGGUGGCCGUAAACAGAUGGGCGAGAUGCCACCUUAUAUUCCUGAAGUUAUACAAUAAUAGAGGCAUGUGAUUUCCAUCCAAAUACAAAGUCAAUAAAAGAAGUGUGUUGUUACUUCUGCUCAUUGCUAUGGGUCACCAUGCCCUAAAAAGCUGUCCAUUAACUUUGCAGCUUGCUGGCUCGGAACACCCCAAUACGCCAGUUCUGUUUGCUGUCUCUUGUUUUUUUGAGGAAAGGAAAACAACCCCUGCAUGUAAAAACAAGGAAGGGCCAGUUUGAAUCACCACUCACUUUUUCCUAGCCAGCUCCAAAGGUCAUCCAUCAUGCCUAGGUAUUACAAGGACAUGUGGUUCUCCGGCUAGUGUUAGCAAUCGUGCUGACCUAGCGCUACUAGGUAGAUGUGGUUCCAUUUCCUGGUUUUUAUUUAUGCAAAAGCUUUUUUUUUUACUUGAAUUUUGUUUAUCUGAAGGAGUUGCUUCUGUAUUGUACAGGCUUUUCACAGACAGGCAUCCUAGGCAUGACAUUUCCCUGUCUAUGUUAAUCAAAUGAUAAUGAAAAGAAUACAAAAGUGAAAAGUUGCUGUUUGACAUCUCCCCCAAGCAUCUUCUUCCCCAAGCAAUGUGGAAUUAAUGUAGAGGAACACUGUUGAAAUAUCAAUGCCUUAAAUCUAGACAUCUCAGAAGCCUGCUGACUUCUGUAUGAAAAUGACCCUGGCUUCCAAAAUUUACUUCCUACUUCCUAUGUCUUCUGAGGCAGUUUGCCACUGAGAUUGGUUACCUGAGUAAAUCACUACUGCGGUGCACUAGUACAGAGGAAGACUGCAUGGAAAGCUGCGGUACAUAUAAUCACUGACCAAAUUGAUUGAAACUUCUGGUUUGAAAAAAAUAGAUUAAAGAAUGAGAUGAUGACAUGUGAUAGCUGGUACAAAACCAAGUACUGCAGCGAGGUCUGUAGUUGCCCUUAGGUGCCUGAGAGUAGCCUACAUGACUUCCAGAAGUCCUGCCUUAGAUUUGACCCCUGACUGGUUCCUUCCCUUAAGCCACCAUGUGCAAACAUUGGGCACUGUGAAUACAUGAACUGAAAUGCUUCUUCAUCUUCGUUUUUUAGCAUUAGGCACUUCGGAGCAUAGCCACCAACUGCUGCUUCUGCUUUGGGCAUUGCUAUUGAUCUGAUAAGCGUUCCCAGAUACUGUUCUGGCACACUGCAGUAUUAACAUUAGCUGUAAGAAAAGGAGGCAAUUCAUUGCUCUGUUUUCCAGGCAAGUCAACUAUUAGCGCCUUUAUGCAGAGAGAGGACUGAAAUAAAUGCAGGGGUGAUACGGUCUCUGGAAUAUUUUGGCUAUAUGAAAAAUGCUGUCAUAUGGAAUAAGGGUUUAUAAUAAAAAGGGCUCAUCUCAGAAGAAUGAUUACAGAAGAUGGAAAAGGUCAUAAUGGAAAACAAGUGAUAUCUGAACACACAGUUUCUUUUCCUGAAGCCUGCUGGGAAUGCUGAUUUCAUGCAAACAUGCCAUAGCAAAGUCAGUUCACUUGCAUGGUCAUUUUACCCCCUGCAACUUUGCCUAUUACAAGUGAUAGCAGAGGUGACAAGCUCAUUGUCUCAGCUCUCUCAACUGUUGAAUGUAGCAAAAUAAGUGCUUUUAAAAAAAAAUCCAUCCAUCAGAGAGUAAAGCAAUUCUUUGGUUCAGUGUCAGCCUUAGAGAAUGGAGAAGACUCCCUCAGGUGCCAGAGAGAGAAGCCACAGCAUCUCCCAGCUGACUCCUUGAGGUCUCAGGCCACAUUUCCCCUUGUUAAUAAUAAAUAAGGUGGGAAGAAUAUGAUUGACUCAAAACAGCAAUAGGAUUAAACAGAAUCACAAAUCAGUUUGUGAGCUAUUGCCUGGCUUGCUUUUCCUGAGCAAUAAAAUACCUUGUGGUCUCUUCUGGACUCCUAUCAAGGCUGCAAAUUCAUGGAGAAUACUGGCAGAGCUGGGCAAUAUUUUGUUACUGUUGUAAGGGCUAUGCAAAAGACAGUAAAGAGAGACACCAGUAAGCAAUAUUGUGUGUGCUUUGGUUGCUGAAUAGUGUAUAACUUACAAUAUUCUACUAUUUUUGAAUAUUCAGUAUUAGCGACCUGACAUGUUUCUCAACUGUCUGCUAUUGCAAAAAAACUUCUUCACCCACAUCAACUAUUGUAAUAGUUUUGAACCCUAAAAUUCAGCUUCUCUGUUGUCCUGUUGGCAUAGCUGAGGUUUAACAAGCAUGUUAAUCAAAUGAAAUAUAGCCUUGAAUUUCUUUAGGAGGGAUCUGAUGCUGACACAGAAAAACAAUUAUUAAAAAAAGUCUUGAUGUCCUGCAGCAAAAGUUGCUACACACAUUAAAAAACAAAGUAGUCACGUACAAACAACUACAUUUAAUAAUUCAAUAGAAUGCACUGCUUCCAUCGUUACAGGGUUAUAGCAUUGAGCCUUCUGACCCCAUUUUGAUUGUUUUAAACAUACAGAGUCAAUGCAUCUUCAUUGCAGUUUUAAAAAUAGGUUUCCUGAUACACGGCCCCUCUGUUCAAACAAAUUACAGAAUUGUAAGAUUUCUUACGUAAAAACUAUAAUUUGUUUCUUAAUUCAGACAAGUACUUCUCACAGCUCUCAUUCCCUACAUCAAUUAAGAAAAUAAUCUUAACUCUUUCGAACUCUUAACCCCAGUAUUUAGGAGCACUGAUGCUUUCUGGCUGGAGAUGUCACAUUUCCUAUGAUGCAAUCUGGUAGGUAGCAUUGCAAUCUUCAGUAUUUCCCUUUAAAAACCUCUUCAUAUUGUCAGUCAGAUUUGCCAGUGGCUCCUAAUAGCACACAAUAGAGGAAGUUAUAUUCUAUCUUUCUUCUUCAGUGGACUGAGUUCUUGCAAAUGAACUCUCAGAGAAGACCUUCUUUUGAAUGAGCCACAGGAGCCAUGCUGAGUUUAUUUUAGUUAGGUUUAUAUUAGGUCUGAUUUUUGCUGAUCCCUUCAUUUUUCAUAAUUUUGUCUGUCUUCCAGUUGUUCCUGUUGGGGAGGACUGUGUUUUGAGAGUUUCUGAGCCAGAAUGCUGUGCAUGCAGAUUAUUCAUCUCUGUGCCUUCCCUUCAGGCAGUCUCUCACCUGUGCCUGCCUGUGUCCACAACCUUCUUACACAUUAACACUGCAAACUGCCCUAAGUAUCUUAGAGAUUAGCUUCCUUUAAAGCAUUAAGUGUACCAAAAGCCCAGAGAGCUAGCAUUAGUUCUGCCUAACGAGUUGAUAACUGCAUAUUCUUUUUAACACCUACAGGAUUUGAAUUUGAACUGGGAAGGACUGUUAGGUGGUAGUUGGCCAGAAUGUCACUUCAUGGUUAAAGGGGGGGGAAUCAUAAGCUAGAAGUCAAGCAAUGAAAGAAGGAAGGUUUGCUGAAAUGGGCAGUGUGUGCAUGAAAAGUCCAGAGAGUGCCAACGGUAGGUUUAGGUGCAACAUCCCUGCUUUCUGGGACAAAGAACUGAACUGUAGAUCUACUGGCAUUUGCAGAUCAGUACU